CCUGUUGAUAAAUCUUGUCUCAGAAAACGUCAGCUGCUUCAGUUGUCAGCUGAUAUAAAUUUUAUCUGUUGUGAUAUGUAAAAGCAAGCUUUGUUGACACAUUUCUUACUAAUUACAGGCUAUCCAAAUUUUAGAUUAAUAUAUCAGAUUUCAGUAAUCAUGAACGCAGAUGAAGAUGUCAAGCCAUAUUUUACUAUGGGUGAGCAUACCUUACACGUUCCCUUGAAAUUACAUGAAGAAAAUCGUAAAAGAGUUUGUCAAGAACUAAAAAAAAAUCCAGAUCUUCACCACAGUAUAAUUGUUUUACAAGGCGGUGAAUCAACCACUCUAUAUUGCUCAGAUAGAGAGCCCAUUUUUAGACAGGAAUCAUAUUUUCACUGGGCUUUUGGAGUUUUGGAACCAGACUGCUAUGGUGCUAUUGAAGUGCAAAAUAAUCGAUCCCAUUUGUUUGUUCCUAAAUUACCCGAAUUUUAUGCUAUUUGGAUGGGAAGGUUACAUAGUUUGGAAUAUUUUAGAAAAAGAUAUGGAGUUGAUGAGGUGCACUACGUUACUGAUAUAAAAAGUAUUUUGAGUGCUAUGAAACCUGAAAUGCUCCUGACAUUGCAUGGAAAAAAUUCUGACAGUGGUAAAGAUACACGAGAGGCUGUAUUUGAAGGCAUUGGAGAGUUUAAAGUAGACAAUAAGAUUUUAUAUCCAGUCAUUACAGAAUGUCGUGUAUUUAAAACUUCUUAUGAAUUGGAUGUUUUGCGAUACAUUAAUAAGAUUAGUAGUGAAGCUCACAAAGAGGUUAUGCGCCAAAUACGUCCAGGGAUGAAGGAGUACCAACUUGAAAGUAUUUUCACCCACUAUUGUUAUUAUAUGGGAGGUGCUCGUCAUACAUCAUACACCUGCAUAUGUGGAAGUGGUCCAAAUGGUGCAAUCUUGCAUUAUGGGCAUGCAGGAGCUCCAAAUGAUAAAACAGUUGAGGAUGGUGAUAUGUGUUUGUUUGAUAUGGGUGCAGAGUACUAUUGUUACACAUCAGAUAUCACCUGUUCAUUUCCUGCUAAUGGAAAAUUUACAGACAAACAAAAGUUAAUUUAUGAAGCCGUGUACAAUUCAAGUCGAGCUGUGAUGGCAGCAGUGAAACCAGGAGUGUCUUGGGUGGAUAUGCACAAAUUAGCCGAUGAAGUGCAUUUGAAGCAACUGAAAGCUGCUGGUCUUCUGAAAGGUGAAAUUGAAAAUAUGAUGGAAGCCCGGUUAGGGGCCGUUUUUAUGCCUCAUGGUCUGGGACAUUUUAUGGGCCUUGAUGUGCAUGAUGUUGGAGGUUAUUUGGAAGGUAAUCCAGAACGUCCUAAUGAAGCAGGUUUAAAGUCGCUUAGAACUGCUAGAGUGUUAGCUCCUGGAAUGGUUUUGACUAUUGAGCCAGGAAUAUAUUUCAUUGAUUGUUUGCUGGACAAUGCUCUCAAGGACCCAAAACUGGCUCCAUUUUUAGUACCUGAAAAAAUAGCACAGUACAGAGAUUUUGGUGGAGUACGAAUAGAAGAUGAUAUAAUUGUAACAGAUGUUGGCAUGGAACUUAUGACACGAGUUCCUAGGACCGUUGAAGAAAUUGAAGAUAUCAUGAGGACAGGACGAAAGAUGGAGAUCCCUUUCCCACAAGAACUGAUCAAAACACAUGGGAACUUGUAUGACUAGAGAAAAGCAUUUUAUUUUUUAAGUAAUAUUUUGCACAAUGUAAUAUGUGAUUAAUGAAUAUAUAAAAAGUAAUUUUGUAAAAUGUGUAAUAUCAAUAAUUAAAAUAUUAAAGCAUUCAAUUUAA